CGAGCUAAGAUGCCGGAUAAAUGCUGCGAAGCGAGGCAGAAACCAUGCGGUAUGUAGAAUGAGAAGAAAGCAGCUCAAGUGGCUGUGCUGUUGUGUUGUGUGAAUUACGUGAACGCGAGCGAGGGAGAGCGAGCCGCCCGCCGAAUGAGAGGGAAAAGCGGACUGUCGGAAAAGAGCCAGAGAGUGGGAUGAGUGAGUGAGUGAGUGCUGGCUGUACGGGGCCGGAUCGGAUAGUGUAGACGAAACCAAGCAGCAGCAGGAGAGCCAAAACAUCUAACUUUACAACACCACACUUCUUGUUGAGUCCGCGUUGAGUCUAGAGGCACGUUUUCCACUUGUCGCGCGCGCUUAGUGCCAACCGCCAACAACAAACACUGCUGCGGUCCGGUCCGGUCUUUCCAAACAACUUCGGUUCAGUAGUCGCUGGUGUGUCGUCGGCGUACGACGGCAAAAUUCGCUUCUCCCGUUCAACACCUUGAUAUUUACAUUUGAAGUUCGGCAAGAACGUUGGGUUUAACAGUUACUGUUUUCACCGAUCGAAAUAUAUACGGCCUUAGGCGUAUAAUGUGGCUAAUCCGAUCGGUAUCGGAAUUAAAAUCAUCUGAAAGUGAAGUGCUUUAUUGACCGUAAUAAACAUAAAAGAAAAACACAGUUUGUGAAGUUUUUGGCAAACUCCGACAAAAGUAAUAUUCUUUUGUUGGUGACUCUGUUCCGGUAUCGGUGAAAAUCUUGCGAAAAAUAUAAAGGAAUCAGCUUAAAUUUUAUUUUUUACGUGAACCGGUUUGUCUCUUGUGCGAGAAGCCGGAAUCGAAAUAAACAGCGACAAGACCGGAAAGCGACGUACGAUCAUCCACCACCAACACAAGGAAGUCGCACACGAUCGUGAAUUGAUGAGAUUUUAGGGACCCACAACGGUUGGUCCAAUAAUGAUCAUAGAAUUCGCGAACAAAGAAAAGUGUCAGUGUCGACAACAGUAGAGAGUGGCGGAACCAAGCUCAACACGGAGCGAAGAGACAGUGAGACAAGCGAGCACGCGAUACCGCCUGUGAAAGAGGAACGGGUGAAGAAUUCGCCAUCAUAUUUUGCUACAAGUUGUGUGUUUUUAUCAAGCGCGGAAGUUCAGGUGCUUGAGUAGCUUGAAGCGAGAAAGGAAGAAGACGCGGGCGGCAAAUUAUCGCGCGAAGGUGUUUAGUCGAAAACCAGCUUCGCGCAAAUUCACGCGUGUGGCAUGUUUCUUCUAGUGGCAAACUUGGGGCUGGCUAAGCAACAGCCAGAGAAAAGAAAGUAAGGAAGAAAGUUCAAUUCUAAUUCCAGCCAGUCGAUAACAUAACUCUUUUCACGCUGUUUAACUCGACUUUGAACCCCGGCAGAGAUACAACAGAGUGCGAAGCCGGAAAAAACUUGUGUAAAUAUUUACAUUUGCGAGUACAAGAAUAGGAGCGCAGUGAGUGAUUUAUCGCGUUGAGAAACAAAAAAAAAAUCUCCAAGUGUCCGUUUUGACCGCAGGAGAGAAUCCCCGAAUCGUUAUCCGUUAAAGUAAGUGUAUAUAAACCAGAGACUGAGAAAAAGCUCGUGAUUUACGCUGAAAGCGUAAAAAUGACAUGUAAACAGAAGAAACUUAUCGCCAUUUGAUAGUUUGUGUACCCAUUUGUGUACGACAUAAGAACACUACCGCGUUCGACCGUUGUAACUUCUCCAGGAUUAACUAACGCGUAUCAAGUGUUACUGGGAACUGAGUAAGAGUCACCAAAACGAACGGCACUAGAUUAUCAGGUUCGACAAAUAGCAAAACGAAGCCAAACUGUCGGCCAAGAUGAAGAUGUUACCGAUACCGCUGUCCCCGUUAAAUCCGCCGGCCCCGCUGGGCAUCUGGGGUUCGGAUCUGCUGUGGCGAUACCCACCGGCACCUCCGAGUCCGCUGGCCGAUCUGAAGACACAACUGCCACCACAGCUGAAUACCGAUCCACGCAUUUGGGGCCGCGAUGAGGUGGCCGUCUUUCUGCGCUUCUGCGAGCGUGAGUUCGAUCUGCCCAAGUUCGAUCUGGAUCUGUUCCAGAUGAACGGCAAAGCGCUGUGUGUGCUUACGAAAAACGACUUGGCCGAACGCAGCCCGGGAGCGGGAGAUGUCCUGCACAACGUCCUGCAGAUGCUCGUACGCGACGCACAAACCCUCCACCGGCAUCUACCGAGCAGUCCAGUAACUCCUACCAGCCGGUACCCUCUGUCCCCCCACAGCCAUCCUCCGACACCAAACUGGAGUGCCCUAGCGCCUCCCGAUAGUCCCUUCUUCCAUACAUCCCACCUGCAGCAGUUCAUGGCUGCGUCCAAUUCGGUCACGCUGAGUCCAGCACCAUCAGUCGACUCGCAGGCUGGAAGUCCACCGCAAAGCCACCAGGAACAGCUGCAAAAUGUAUUCCAAAAAUCUUCCAGCAGUAGCAGUAGUCACACACAAAACAGCAGCUCCGGCGGGAGCAGCAACCAAUCGGAUUCCGAUGAAGAUAAUUCUACAGCCGGCUAUCAUCCUCUGUCGCUGUCGCAUCCGGACAGCAAACUGCCGCUUCACGCACAGCAGAACCAGAGUCCUCCGCUGACACCGAUUUCCAAGGAAACGCAACACUUGGGCCAGCUGCAACUUUUGGACACCAAAACUCUCCAAUAUCCAGUGUCUUCGUUGCUGAACAGCAGCGGUGCCAGCAGCAAUGGAGCUCUAAACAACGGUACCAGUGGCAACAAUGUUUCCAGCAGCAACAGUAACGGCAUCAACCGAACCAACUCUCCAGCUUCGCUAAGCAAUGGACACUCUACCAGCGCAUCGAACGUGCACUCGCUAGGCCUUAAACCACCCACGCUGUCACCACCUUCCAGUGCGUCCCCGAGUGGCUCUUCGUCGGCGCCGACUACGCCAGGAGCGUUCCUGCCAGUCAAACGAGAGUUUUUCCCGGAUGGACCGGAACCGAAUACUAAUGGCAGACUACUGUGGGACUUCCUGCAGCAGCUGUUGAACGAUCCGUCGCAGCGCUACAGCCGCUACAUCGCGUGGAAGUGCCGCGACACGGGCGUUUUCAAAAUCGUCGAUCCAGCCGGUCUGGCCAAACUGUGGGGCCAACAGAAGAAUCAUCUUUCCAUGAACUACGACAAGAUGUCCCGAGCGCUGCGGUACUACUACAAGGUCAACAUUCUACGCAAAGUGCAAGGCGAACGGCAUUGUUACCAGUUCCUCCGCAAUCCAACGGAACUGAAAAGCAUAAAGAAUAUCUCGCUGCUUCGACAGACGAUGGCCAGCCAGAAUGCGAACGGUGGCCAGUCGAACGCCUCGGUUGGUAGUGCUGGCAGCCACUCGCUGAUGUCACUGCUUCCGAACGGUGCCAACAUUCAUCAUCUGGCUGCGGCAGCCGUUGCAGCUGCCGCUUCCCACCAGCAGGCCAAUGGAGGAGGACCUCCAAUAUCACCGACCGCUCUGCAUCACCCCCAUCACCCGUCACAUACUUCGGUACAAAACGCGGCUGCUGCCGCCAACGGUCACGCAACGAUCAAAAUGGAAACCGACCUGGAUGAACUUAAGCCUACCGAUCUUAGUACAAACGACCGCAAAUACUACGGCAGCAGUUCCAACGGAGUCGACUGUUACCCAUUGAUUCGGAACGCCAACGGAUUAACCACCAUCCAGCUUCUACGCCAGCAACAACAGCAGCAGCAAACCCAGCCGUCCCACGACAACGGUUCACCUCCGCCAUCGCCGAACCCACUGUCCUUGAAUUCCCAAUCCCUGCACACGAUCAGUAACAACCUGCACCAUCUGCACCAGCAGCAACUGCAAGCCCAGGCUGCCGCUGCGGCCGCGGUUGCCGCAGCCGAGGCCCGCCAUCAGCAGAAGCAGCAGGAGGAGGACCGUCGACUGGAUGCCCUCGAGCAUGAACGCGAUCACGAACGGGAUCGGAGCCCAUCGCCGGCCGAGCAUCACCAUCAUCAGCACCAGCAGCCACCGCAGCAUCAUCUGCAGGCCGAUAAAACCAGCGAUGACGAAAGUAUGAUGCCGACGGAUCUCAGCAAAUCCGAACCAAUGUACUACAAAUAAACCCCUGUCCCAACCAUACCCCACUGUCGUGGCCAGUCCGAGAAAGAAAAACGAAAAAAAAAAAGUUGACAAUCAUCGCAACGCCCCCUCGGAGGGGGGCUUAUUGCAGCGGCAGCACACGGAUGUGGGCAGCCUGUGCGACGCUACCGGAUGCCGAGGCCUACUAAACCGGCAACGAGUGCGAUUAAAGUAGUGUGAUCUCAAUGAAGAAAGAAGAAAAAAUAAACGAAAAACCACUGGUGCCAUCCUAACUUCCUAAAAUGGUCUCGCCGCGAUCCGUGUGUGUGUGUGCGCGCUCGCGCAUGGCUAACUACAAUUCAUGAGGGCCGUGCAAUUGCAAGAUUACAAAACAAAACAAAAAAAAACAUGUGUGAUACACCCAGGUCCCAGAAGGUAACGGAAAACGGGGUAACGCGCACACUGCGCGUUCCGUAGGACAAAACUGGACAGAACAAAACAAAAAUCAAGAGAUAAAUGUGCCAAUCGUUCUCUCACGUAUACACUCGAUAGCUGUCGGCAGAGAUCGAACCGAAGUUCACUUCAUUGUACAGAAAAAAAACGAGAAUGCGAUACUCUUUAUACAACUAGUUAAAUUACAACCUGCCAGUUAGUGGGCUUCAAAUCAAUCGAGAUGUAAAGAAAAAAAACGUAACAAAAAACAAAACAAAACAAAAAAUGAGAAAAGUGGAACUUUUAUCAGGCUUUUAAUUAUAGGUGGCAACAGGAAUCCAACAAAAAAAAUGUAGCUAAUGAUGUUUUCCAAACGUAAAACGAGAAAUAGGUUAUUGUUGAUGAGGAAUGAUAUGCGCUGAAUCAAGCAAAAAUUGUACAGUUUUAUUCGUUAGGGUGUAGAAUCUAUCCUAGGGACUCUACAGUUAGCACCGUAAGUGGUUGAUCCAGCCGAGAAAAGUACUCAAUUAUAGUUUUUUUUUUGUAUAUCAAACAAUUUAUCGGUUUGUUUACACCUUGCUAGGGCAAAAAAAAAAACACUAGGCUAAGUCUAAGAACUUUCCUUCACCAUUGGCUUCCAUUUGACGAGAGAGAUAAGAAAUUUACAAAACUUCAAACAAAUGUGAUGAAAAAAAGCAGAGAAAAAUUUAUAUUGGGAAUCUAUAAGGCAAAAGUGUUGUGUGAAUUGAUGGUAAUUAAGUGGAGUUUUUCUAUUACUUUUUUGUUGUUUUGAAAAGGGUCAACUUUGUUUUGCUACCACUGCUAGUAGAAUGCGUGUCUUCUACAUAUUUUGUUGGCUUUAAACGGAAAUCGAAAUCUUCCUUAUACUUUAGAUGAUUAGGAUAUGUACAUAUAUAUUAUACGCGGUCAGAUUUUUUUUAUUCUAGUAAAACCCUACAUUGUAAGUUAGCGUAAGCUUUCGUCUCAAAGGUAGAAUAAUUUUCACUGCAAGUUAUUCGACACCACCACACACAACGCUAGCGCGUACAUGCAUACUUACGUAACAGAAAAAAACAGCAAAACACCCCACAAUUCGAUAUUCCGGAACCCGCUUCUAGGGAUAUCAUUUUGUUAGCCCGUAUAGCGUACGAAAGUCACCCCCCACCCUCACCCUAGACAAACGACCGUACAGGAUAAAAAGCACUUCCACACCGCCGUCAUUCUAACAAUAAGUGUGUGCGUGUGUGAGUGUGUGUAAUCUAAGGCAAACACCGACAUUUUUCUGCAAUAGUUUUUUGUUUGUGUACUGUAAAGCAUUAUUUUUUUUAUCACAAUCAUUAUGCGCAUAUGACUUUCAUAGUUUAUCAGUAGAGUAUGUUAUAAGGUAUAAAUAAUGCAAAAAAGAAGACUCAACCCCAAUAAAAAGAUUAUUGAACUGU